CAAGCCGUAGAUCUUCGUAAUCUUAUCUCUUUGCAUCUUAAUGUUUCUAGUCGCAUAAAAUAUGGAAUUCGUAUUCUGGACCUUAUUGGAUAAUUGUUCUUUAUGGAUUGUAUUGUUACCUUUGUUGAUUAUAUUAUUAUACAUGUAUGGAACUUCCACAUUUCAUAUUUGGAAAGAAAGAAACAUUGAAGGACCCCCGCCAGUUCCAUUUUUCGGUAACAUUUUUUCAAUGUUUGACACUAAAGUUGGAACACAGAACACCAUACAGAUCUGGGAGAAAAAAUAUGGGAAAAUUUUUGGGAUUUAUAAAUUCCGAGACCCACUUCUAGUCAUCACAGACACAGCAGCUCUUAAACAGGUGUUUGUUAAAGAUUUCAACAACUUUGCUGAUCGCUACUUUUUUGGUGAUGGAUAUCUACAGCAGCCAGCACUGAAAAAAGGAGUUUUCUUUGAAGAUGGAGCGAAUUGGAAGCGCAUCAGAAGAAUUAUGUCCCCAACAUUUAGCGGCGCCAAACUCAAGCAACUCACCCAUUAUAUUAAUUUAACAGCGGGACACCUGGGCCAGAAUUUGAAAUCCUGUGCUUUGAAUGGCAAGCAGCCAGAGGCAAAGCAAGUUUUUGGAGCUUAUGCUCUGGAUGUUAUCUGCGGGGUUGCGUUUGGACUGGAUACCAAUUCACAAGAACACUUUGAUCAACCAUUUAUCGUCAAUGCUAAAAAUUUAAUGACAUUUAAAAAAACCUUGCAGCUGAUAAUUAUAACCAUAGGUCUUUUUCCAUUUCUUGGACACAUUUUUAAAUUUUUCGGAGUGGGUUAUUUCCCUGGAAGAGAGAUAAGAUUUUUUGAAAAAAAUGUUUCUAGGCUGAUAAAAGAAAGGAAAGACCAGCCUGAUGGCAAACAUGUGGAUUUCCUACAGCUGUUGAUUAAUGCAGAGGCAGAGGAGGGUGAAGUUAUCGGAGCGAAACAUCUGUCUUCAGAUGAAAUAGUUGGACAGUGUAUUGUAUUUAUUAUUGCUGGUUAUGAAACAACAUCAACCACCCUCCAGUUUUUGGCCUAUGAGUUGUCAAAAAAUCACGAAGUCCAGAAUAAAAUUGUGCAAGAGAUUAAAACUGUUCUUGGCAAGGAUGAGCCAAAUUAUGAAAACUGUCACGGAUUGAAGUAUAUGGAAGCUGCUAUUAACGAGACACUGCGGUUGUACCCUCCAGUGCACCUCCUGUCGAGGAAGUGUGAGAACCCUAUUGAGCUGAACGGCAUACCCAUACCAGGUAAAUGCAGCAUCCUUAUCCCCCUGGGAGUUAUAAGCAGGAACCCAGAGUCAUUCCCUGAGCCUGAUGUCUUCAAACCUGAAAGAUUUCUAGAAGGUUCCACGGAAGCAGAGAAUCCGUUAACAUUUAUACCCUUCGGGUUCGGUCCUCGACAGUGCCUGGGGAUUAGACUAGCCAUGCUGGAGCUAAAAAUAGCAUUGGUUAACAUUCUAAGGCAUGUUAAGUUAGUCAGUGUCACCCCUGAGGUACUGGAGUUGGAGGAUUACACAGGGACUUUGGUACCUAAGGAACCAAUCAGAUUUAAGUUACAGCCAGUUUCUGAAGAAGAGAAUAUUUAGUUAUUUUCUUUGUUACUUCUCUUAUACAGAAUCUCAAUGUCAACAUGAUAUUACAAAGUACAAACUGAGUAAUUUUAGACUACAUAUAAACGCUGUAUUGGUUUGGCUUGAAAUGUAUUUUUAUUCUUUUUAAAUCUUUUUAAAACUAAAGGUCCAGAUGGACACUUUGUUUUUUGGUCUUGGGCAUGUGUUCCAUACACAGACACUUCUA